AGGAGUCGGCCCACCCCCCCCGACGCCGUUUCUUGACCGUUCUUGGUCGACAGGCGGCCGCUGCUUCGGGGAAGGAAGGAAGGGGGGAAAGAGAGCUUAGGGUUUCCAGCUACAGUUGGAUCUUUUCCCCUGUUCAGAUUCAGCUCAAAAGAGAAACUGGGUCGCCAAGAAGGAGGAGGAAGAGGAGGAAGAGGAAGAAGAGGAGGAGGAAGAAAGAGGGUGUCUGUGGUUCCUGCACCUGCAGCGAGAGGAUAAGGUCAGGACCAGAGGCCACCUCCCCCUCCCCACCGUAUCCGCUUCCCCAUUUUCUUGGGUUCUUUUUUGAUAAGAUAAGAUAAUGCCGGACAAGGAAUUCUUCACCGAAUAUGGUGAGGCAAGUCAGUAUGAAAUUCAGGAAGUAAUUGGCAAGGGAAGCUAUGGCAUUGUUGCAUCAGCAAUUGAUACUCAUUCUGGAGAAAGGGUAGCUAUAAAGAAGAUCAAUAAUGUAUUUGAGCAUGUUUCUGAUGCUAUACGCAUUCUUAGAGAAAUUAAGCUGCUCAGGCUACUCAAACAUCCUGAUAUAGUAGAAAUAAAGCAUAUAAUGCUUCCUCCAUGCCCAAGAGAAUUUAAGGAUAUAUAUGUUGUCUUUGAACUGAUGGAAUCUGAUCUUCACCAAGUAAUUAAGUUCAAUGAUGAUCUCAGUCCUGGCCACCAUCAGUUUUUCCUGUACCAGCUUCUUCGAGCUUUAAAGUAUAUACAUACAGCCAAUGUCUUCCAUCGUGAUCUGAAGCCAAAAAACAUACUGGCUAAUGCAGACUGCAAGCUGAAGAUUUGUGAUUUUGGGCUUGCUCGUGCUUCAUUUAGUGAUACACCAACUGCUAUUUUUUGGACUGAUUAUGUGGCAACUCGAUGGUACCGUGCUCCUGAACUGUGUGGCUGUUUUUACUCGAAGUAUACCCCUGCUGUUGACAUCUGGAGCAUAGGAUGUAUAUUUGCUGAAAUGCUCACAGGCAAACCUUUGUUUCCUGGGAAGAAUGUCGUGCAUCAAUUGGAUCUCAUUACUGAUUUGCUUGGCACUCCUUCUUAUGAAUCGAUUGCUAGGAUACGGAAUGAAAAAGCUAGAAGAUAUCUAACUAGUUUGAAGAAGAAGCCAUCAGUUCCCUUUUCACAAAAAUUUCCUGAUUCAGAUCCAUUGGCUCUGCGUCUGCUAGAACGUUUGCUUGCUUUUGAUCCUGAAGAUCGCAUUUCUGCUGAAGAGGCUUUAGCUGAUCCAUACUUUCAAGGGUUGGCCGAUGUUGACUGUGAGCCGUCGAUGAAACCCAUUCCAAAGCUGGAAUUUGAGUUUGAGCGGAGAAAACUGACAAAAGAUGAUGUGAGGGAGCUGAUCUACCGAGAGAUUUUGGAGUAUCAUCCACAGAUGUUGAAGGAGUACCUUCAAGGGGCUGAGCAAAUACAUUUCAUGUAUCCAAGUGGAGUUGAUCAAUUCAGGCAACAAUUCGCUGAACUUGAGGAAGACUCUGGUAAAGCUCGAAGAAGUACGCCACUACACAGAAAGCAUGCCUCCUUACCCAGGGAGCGGGUCUGUCAACCCAAAGAGGAGACUCUGGAGAACAAGUCUGGAAAGCGCACCUCUACUUCCAUUUCUCGUGCAUCACUUCAUAGUCCUCCAGGUCUACAAAGUAUCGGGAGUCUGGAAUCUGCUUUAAAAAAUGGUUGUAGUGUUCAGGAUGGUUUGACCAUGCCCAGAUUCAGCUCUCAUAUCCUUUCAAGGAGUUCCAGCAUGGGUGCUUACACAUGCUCGAGCAUGAAAGGGAAAAGUUGCGAGGCUGAUUCGACUUUCAACCGAAAUGGAGAGCUGGUGAAGGGUUUCUAGCACCGGGGGAAAAGAAGUGAAAACUGCUCUUCGUAUGUAACGCAAAGUACCAGCGACACGAUUUUUGUGUUUGGUCUCUUGGUACUUAUUUAGGAUAAUGGUGACUUGCCUCCAUUCAUGCAGCAUCAGCCGCUGCAAUUGGUAUGCUGACUAUCAGCCCAUUGAUGAUGACGAAAUAUAGACAUGUUUAGUUCCUAUAGAAAGAAGAAAUAGACACAAAGCAUAUGCUUGGUUUCUAUUUUGAAUUGGAAUACUUUGGAGGGGGCCAGAAAGUUCGGCCAAGUAAAUUCUGUUAUCGUAGGGUAUGACGGCAGACAAAGGCGACAGUCUCCUUUAUGCUUUUUAUGGCUUCUGUAAUUGCAUGCUGGAACCUUUUCGAGGUUCAUUCCAACUUAGUAGUUUACUUUAA